CCGGGGGCCGCGCCGCGCACCCGGAAGCGGUUGGGCCGGUUGCAGGGGGCUGUUGGUGGCGCGCGCGCGCGCGCGCUCGCUCCCUCGCUCGCGCGCUGCUUCGCUUACAGGCGGCGGCGGGGCGCAGGGCAGAGACGUGACGCGGCCCGGCCCGGCCGCCCCGCAGCCCGCGAUGCCCUGGGAGCGCCGGCCGCGCUGGCCACGCCGCGGGGCAUGGUGAGCCCGGGGCGGCCGCUCCCCGCGGGGACCCGGCAGGCGGCCUCGCUGCUCCGCCUCAACCUCCUCCUCCUGCUCCUGCCGCUGCUGUGGGGCACCGGGGCGCAGAAAGGCGAUGGAUGUGGACACACUGUUCUGGGCCCUGAAAGUGGAACUCUUGCUUCAAUAAACUACCCACAGACCUCUCCCAAUAGCACAGUCUGUGAGUGGGAAAUUCGUGUAAAGCCUGGACAGAGAGUUCAGCUCAAAUUUGGGGACUUUGAUAUUGAUGAUUCAGAUUCUUGUCAUUCCAGUUACCUAAGAGUUCACAAUGGAAUUGGCCCCACCAGGACAGAGAUAGGAAAAUACUGUGGGCUUGGCUUUCAGAUGGAUGGUUUAAUUAAAUCGAGAAGUAAUGAAGUCACAGUACAGUUCAUGAGUGGAACACACACUGCUGGGCGAGGAUUUCUUGCGUCUUAUUCAACCACUGACAAGUCAGACCUAAUUACCUGUUUAGACAAUGCAAGUCACUUUUCUGAGCCAGAAUUCAAUAAGUAUUGUCCAGCUGGAUGCGUGAUUCCUUUUGCUGAUAUUUCUGGGACUAUUCCCCAUGGAUACAGAGAUUCCUCAUCACUUUGCAUGGCUGGUGUUCAUGCAGGCGUUGUGUCAAAUACUCUGGGUGGCCAAAUUAAUGUUGUAAUCAGCAAAGGCAUUCCGUAUUAUGAAGGCUCUCUGGCUAACAAUGUCACAUCAAAAGUGGGACCAUUAUCUACCAGUCUCUUCACAUUUAAGACAAGCGGUUGCUAUGGGACACUGGGGGUGGAAUCCGGAGUAAUCCCUGAUUCCCAGAUUACGGCAUCAUCUAUUCUUGAGUGGUCUGACCAAGCGGGACAAGUGAACAUCUGGAAACCUGAGAAUGCCAGACUGAAGAGGCCUGGGCCUCCUUGGGCUGCUUUUAUCAGUGAUGAGCAUCAGUGGUUGCAGAUAGACUUGAAUAAAGAAAAGAGAAUAACAGGUAUUAUAACCACUGGGUCUACCUUACCAGAGUACUACUACUAUGUGUCAGCCUACAGAAUUUUAUACAGUGAUGAUGCACAGAAAUGGACAGUGUACAGAGAACCUGGCAUUGAUAAAGAUAAGGUAUUUCAAGGGAACACUGAAUGUUACCAGGAAGUUCGCAAUAAUUUCAUUCCACCUAUUAUUGCACGUUUUUUUAGGAUUAACCCCUUAAAAUGGCACCAGAAAAUUGCAAUGAAAGUGGAACUCCUGGGAUGUCAGUUUAGUAUAGGCCGUGCUCCAAAAAUUACCAUGCCGCCACCACCUCAGAACAAUGACAACAAGAACAACGAUUUCAGUGAUGACUUCAUUCAUUCAGUGAAGACUUCGUUGCAGACAGAUAAAACAACUUUCACACCUGAAAUAAAAAACACCACAGUGACUCCCAGUGUAACCAAAGAUGUGGCAUUGGCAGCAGUUCUGGUUCCAGUAUUGGUGAUGGUCUUCACUACUCUGAUUCUUAUCUUAGUUUGCGCAUGGCAUUGGAGAAACCGCAAGAAAAAAACUGAAGGCACUUAUGAUCUACCUUACUGGGAUCGUGCAGGGUGGUGGAAAGGAAUGAAGCAGUUUCUCCCCACUAAAUCAGCAGAACAUGAAGAAACUCCUGUUCGCUAUAGCAGCAGUGAAAUUAGUCGCCUAAGACCAAGAGAAGUCCCAACAAUGUUACAGACAGAGUCUGCAGAGUAUGCUCAGCCACUGGUAGGGGGAGUUGUCGGCACGCUCCAUCAGAGAUCAACCUUUAAACCAGAGGAAGGUAAAGAAGCAAGUUACGCUGAUCUGGACCCUUACAAUUCACCUAUACAAGAAGUUUAUCAUGCUUAUGCCGAGCCACUGCCUAUAACUGGACCGGAAUAUGCAACUCCAAUAAUCAUGGACAUGUCCAGUCAUACCAGCACACCUCUUGGCGUUUCUUCUAUUUCCACCUUCAAAGCUGCAGGGAAUCAAGCUCCUCCACUAGCGGGAGCUUACAAUAAACUCUUAUCUAGGACAGACAGUUCCUCAUCAGCUCAGGCACUGUACGAUACACCGAAAGGGCAGCUGGGGCCAGGUGCUGCAGAUGAGUUGGUGUACCAGGUACCACAGAGCGUGCCCCAUUCCACUGGGAGUAAGGACGAACUGAGUUAGCUUGUGAGUAAGGUAGGAUGACGGCAAAAGUGGCUUGCUUUUAAAAGCCAUCUCCUUAAAGCUCAUAGUUUCGGGUUUUUUUAAUCACAUUGUCUUAAUAUUAUUUGUCUUAAAUAAUACAGUUGAACCAAAAAAUGUGUUAUCGGAGGUCUGGGCAACCAGUAAGUCUGCCUUUUCCUGAGGGUAUACAAUUACAGCAUGUUUCCUGAGAAACUGUGGACUUUUUUUUACUACUGUACAAUUGUCUGUCAGACAUGAAAGAAGAACUUUUCAAGAUUAACUUCAGCAUUUCACAGAUGUGAAUUAUAAAUUGGGAGAAAUUGCUUAUAGUACAAAAGUCAGUAAUACAGGUCUUGCUAAUGGUACUAUAUCUUAAAAAAAAAAACAAAACUCCUAAAAUCUAUCUGUAAGCACUGUAGCUUCUAAAAUUCAUUUUCCCCUAUAGAAUAGCUGCACAACUUCGAACUUCCAAAAAAACACUGUUGGGACUGAUGGCAAAAAAAACAUUAGCAUCGAGACCAUGUGGCCAGGAAGUUAAUUUACAUUAUUUCAACUUUUGUUCACAGAAUUGGGAAUCACCAGAUGUGUGUUCCUCACACGCUUUUCACACUAUUUUUCUUAUUUUUCUAAAACUAGAAUCUGCUAGCUCUAUAAUUUGUUUUCUCCUCUGUCUGAUCUUAAGCUACUAAGUCCUGUUGCUUUCUAGAGAUACAGUAGGCACAGACUAAGUCUUUUAAGGAAACGACAAGACAACUGCUUUCACAUUUUCCCUAGUAAGUGAAGGCUACUCUGAAUAGUGUCUGCCUUCAACUCAAACCUCCCCCAAGUGGUCAAUCUGCAAGAAGUUUCCAGGUGUUCAAGGUGACCAAGUUUGGGAGUUUUUUUCCCCCCAAAGUAUCUAUUGUUGUGUGUUUUAAGAUGUAAGCAUAUACAAAGAAAGAUAUGUAUGUACUUCUGUGCGUGCGUAAGGAAGCACACAAAUAUUCUAAUGGUGCAUAAAGUUGGUGUUAUACAUGCAUUUAGCACAUAUGGUACAUUUUAGCACAAUUGGAAAACUUGGCCCUAGGGCUUUUUUAAGAUUGUUCCUUAUUAGAAGUAUAAGAUUGCAAAACCUUUGCUAGAGAUGCAGCUUGUUUCAAAGUGUACCAAUUUCAGAAGCAUUUAAUUAAUUGAAUAUAUAACCUUUGAAUGUUCCAGUUUUCUCUAUUACGAAAACAUUGCAGUCUUCUAUUUGAGAUAACAUAGACUAGUUUUAUUUAGGUAAUCACCUAACGAAAACAAUUUGGAUGUCUUAUUUGCCAUUUUUUAUCUUGUUAGAAAGAAAGCACAGCCUUUUUAAUAUAAAUAUAAGUAGUAGAAGAAGCUCUUAAAAGUAAAGCCAUUUUUAUUGUAACAGCACUGUUGGGAGGAUGCUGAAUUAACUUACAAAUGUGAAAACCCCCUAGUUAUACAUUAGCCCAGUUUUAUGGACUUUUACUGUUUUGUUUUUCUAUGAUGUAAUUCAAGUGAGCCUUGUUUAUUGCCUUUGGUCCACAUACUGGAUGGAUAACAUCCAAAGAGAAACUAAAAUACUGUUAAAAUGGCUACCAUUACAUGGUUAUACCAGUACAGUGUUCUAACUUACCACUUGAAAAUUUGUUUGCACAGAAGCUGUAACACAGUAAUGCAACAUUAUUUGUGGCCUAUUCAAUAUCUAGAAUAUGUUAUUACAUACACUGUACUGCUUUAAAGCCUACUUCUACAAUUUUUUUCAUCAUGAGAAUGAUUCUUUAAGAAUUGGGUGUCUAAUGCCUAAAUGUGAAUAUGAAAGUAAGGGGUGGUAUACAAGACCAAUUCAUGAAAAGGAAAUUCCUGCAUAUAGUUUUGUUUUUUGAUACUCUUGCAACUUAUUCUGCUUGAUAAAGCUAGUCUGCAAGCUUUGUAGUUUUGCUUAAAAAUAUUGAUUGUUCUUACCCAUCAGUAGCAACUAUGAUUUUGAAAUUAAAACUGAGGUGAUUUUAUUUGAAGAGUGGAAGGUUGUUCCUUUGCAUGAAGAUAUGACAUACUGAUUCCAGCCAAGUGAAGAGCCUUCUGCUUUCUCAAACCAUACCAGUUUAGGCUAAGCUGCCAUAAAAAUAAAUGGAUGUGUUCAAGGCAGUAAAAAUAACACUCUUGGAAACCUGCAUUUAAUUUUUACUGUAGGCCAGGUAUGGUAUAACUUACAGGUAUACCAUAGGCCAAGAUGGUAUGAGAAUUAAACAGUUCCUCUACAGUGGACUGGGUUAUUCUGAAGCAACAUUAAUACAGUUUAAUUAUCUGAACGGUGUGAGCAGUUGACUGAAAUGGCUGUUUAAGAAUGUAAGUUCUUCUUAUGAAAGAAGUUGGUCUUACACUUUGCUCCCUGCUUUCAACUUUGAACAUUUUAUCUGCUGGGGUAAGGAGAUAAGGUUGAAUAUGUAAAAGUUGGGUAUAAAACGUAUGCUACAAACUGCUAAACACUGAUUCACAAAUAUAAGCUGCAUAUGACACACCUAAGGUCAGCAUUUUCCUGUGUACAAUACAAGCAGAGGUACAUUUAAUGAGGCUCUUUUUUACAUAUAAAGAAAUAUGGAAAUAAAAUGCAUUUCAAUCUUGUUUGGAAUAAAAAUGGCUUGAGUAUUCUCCCAAAAUGUACAUUUUUACCUCAGCAUGUAUUGUAGUUGCUCAGUAUUUGUAUAUGUUGCUAGAACUUAGAUUGUAUAAAUAGUGAGGCGUUUUUUAUGUAUGUUAAAGUAUUUUAAAUAAAUUGUACAUACGUAUUAUGCUCCA